CCACCGGGCACCGAGCAGAGUCCCCGAGUGCUCGGGGCGGGCACGGGAGUCCCGGAGCUCAGGUCUGCAGGUGUUCCUUAGGGGCUCUCUUUGAAGGAAGCGUGGAACUGGAAAAAGACGUCACUCUCUAGACUGGUCGAUUCCGGAGGCGACAAGGAAAGCCUGGUUUCUCGCUUUCCUUCCAUUUCGUUUAUCUAAGGGCCUUGCUGUUCCCCAGAAGAGCCAGGAAGAGGAGAAAAUGGCUGUUGGACUUCUGAAAGCUAUGUACCAAGAGCUAGUGACCUUCAGAGAUGUGGCUAUAGACUUUUCUCAAGAGGAGUGGGAUUGCCUGGAUUCUUCUCAGAAGCAUUUGUACAGCAAUGUGAUGUUGGAGAACUACGGGAUCUUGGUGUCACUGGGACUUUGUUUUUCUAAGCCAAGUGUGAUAUUAAUGUUGGAGCAAGGAAAAGAGCCCUGGAUGGUGAACAGAGAACUGACUACAGGUGUGUGUUCAGGCUGGGAAUCUAUGUGUGAGACUGAAGAACUAACCCACAAGCAGGCCAUAUAUGAAAAAGAAUCAUCCCGGAAGAUAAUAGAAAAACUUACAAGCUAUGGCCUUGAAUACCCCAGUUUAAAAGACGAAUGGAAAGGUGACAGCCAUUCUGAGGGGCAACUAGGAUAUCAGAAGACAUAUUUUAAAGACGAGACAAUGACUCAUGAAGAAACCCUUGUUGAUAAAAGAGGACAAGAAUUUAACAAAUCUUGGGGAAGCUUCUAUCAGAACAUACUUUUUCAUAAACAACAGAUAAUCCCCAAAGAGGAAAAAGUACAUAGGCCUGACACAUAUAAGAAAAGCUUCCCAAAAAAUCUAAUGGGCAUUAAUCCCAAGAGUGUCUAUGUAGAGAAGAAACUCUUGAAAUGUAAUGACUGUGAAAAAGUCUUCAGUCAGAGCUCAUCCCUUACUCUUCAUCAGAGAAUUCACACUGGAGAGAAACCAUAUAAAUGUAUAGAAUGUGGAAAAGCCUUCAGCCAGAGAUCAAAUCUUGUUCAGCAUCAAAGAGUUCAUACUGGAGAAAAACCCUAUGAAUGUAAGCAAUGUAGCAAAGCCUUCAGUCAGAAUGCACAUCUAGUUCAACAUGUUAGAGUUCACACUGGAGAAAAACCUUAUGAAUGUAGGGUUUGUAGGAAAGCCUUUAGCCAGUUUGCUUACCUUGCUCAACAUCAGAGAGUUCAUACUGGAGAGAAACCCUAUGAAUGUAUUGAAUGUGGAAAAGCAUUUAGCAAUAGAUCAUCUAUUGCCCAACACCAGAGAGUUCACACUGGAGAGAAACCUUAUCAGUGUAACGAAUGUGGGAAGGCCUUCAGCCAGAAUUCACACCUUGCCCAACAUCAGAGAAUACAUACUGGAGAAAAACCUUAUAUCUGUAAGGAAUGUGGGAAGGCCUUCAGCCAGAUUGCUUACCUUGCUCAACAUCAGAGAGUUCAUACAGGAGAAAAACCUUAUGAGUGUAUUAAAUGUGGGAAGGCUUUUAGCAAUGACUCAUCUCUCACUCAGCAUCAGAGGGUGCACACUGGAGAGAAACCUUAUGAAUGUAAUGUUUGUGGGAAAGCCUUCAGUUACUGUGGAUCUCUUGCCCAACAUCAGAGGAUCCACACUGGAGAACGACCCUAUGAAUGUAAGGAAUGCAAAAAAGCCUUCAGACAGCAUGCACACCUUGCUCAUCAUCAAAGAAUUCAUACGGGUGAAAAACCCUUUGAAUGUAAGGAAUGUGGAAAGACCUUCAGUUGUAAUUCAUACCUUUCUCAACAUCAGAGAAUUCAUACUGGGAAUAAACCCUAUGAAUGUAAAGAAUGUGGAAAAGCCUUUAGUUACUGCUCAAAUCUUAUUGACCACCAGAGAAUUCACACUGGUGAAAAACCCUAUGAAUGUAAAGUUUGUAGGAAAGCAUUUACAAAGAGCUCACAGCUCUUUCAACAUGUGCGAACUCACACAGGUGAGAAACCCUAUGCUUGUAAGGAAUGUGGCAAAGCCUUUACUCAAAGUUCAAAGCUUGUUCAGCAUCAGAGAAUCCAUACUGGUGAGAAACCAUAUGAAUGCAAGGAAUGUGGUAAAGCCUUCAGUAGUGGCUCAGCACUCACCAAUCAUCAGAGAAUUCACACUGGUGAGAAACCCUAUAAUUGUAAGGAAUGUGGGAAGGCUUUUACUCAGAGUUCACAACUUCACCAACAUCAGCGAAUCCACGCCGGUGAGAAACCCUUUGAAUGUUUUCAAUGUGGGAAGGCUUUUACUCAGAAUUCACAACUUUUUCAGCAUCAGAGAAUUCAUACAGACGAAAAACCAUAUGAAUGUAAUGAGUGUGGAAAGUCCUUUAAUAAAUGUUCAAACCUUACUCGGCAUCAGAGAAUACAUGAUGGUGAAAAGCCCUAUAACUGUAAAGACUGUGGGAAGACAUUUAGUAGUGGCUCAGACCUCAUUCGUCAUCAGGGAAUUCAUACUGAUGGAGAAUAAAAAGUAAAGCUCUUCCCACCUUAAUAGUUUAAUUUUUUAAAAUCAUGCAUAAGUGUUACAUUCUCCAAAUAUUUUUAAAGUCUCAAAAUUUGUAUUUUAUAUGCUUUAAUGCAGAAGUAUUUCACUCUACAAUAAAAAUCAAGGCCUAAAUGACCAUUUGUCUUCCUUCCCUGAAAAUCAUAUCCCUUAUAAUUGACUCAAUACCAUCCUUCUCAGUUGUUUUAUUUACCUUCCUGCUGUUAUGUUAUAUUGUUUACAUUUGUGUUUCAGGGUUAUCUUCCCUCCUGAUACAUGUAUUUGUACUUGUAGCUAGAUGCUGUUUAGAUUUUGUUGCCUUUAGUACAAGGGACUUCAAAUGGUUUGUGGGAAAAAUCUUUUUUCAUUUUGUUUUUCCAGGAGCUUUUGGAACCCCACUUAUAUUUCUAAAUUCUUUGUAGAAUUAUAACUUUGUUUUUUAAAUCAGUGUUAAUGCUUUUAUUUCAUUUUAUAAAUUUAUACUAAUUAGAAGAACAUAAAACACUAAAAUGCCGAGAUACUUGGAAUAAUACCAAGUACAGUGCAGUAAUUUCAAUUUUUUGGAGAAAAUCCUAUCAGAUUUGGUUUAUGGAAUUUUUAAAAUCAUUUUAUUAAGGGCUCAU